GCUCGAAAUACUCAUACAAAUACACAUUAAAUAUCGGAGACGAAUGAAAUUUUAAGGUUUAAAAUCCAACGCGCCUCAUUGCAUCGUGUAUUUUUAACACAAGGACGCUGACACGUUCACAAACGAUGUGUCUGAUACGUUCGUCAAUUUACGCGUUGGUUCCGUCGUGACGCGUGGGACCUUUGGACCUUAUCGCCAUCGCGACAGCAGCACUAUUUUUCGUAGUUUAAGAUUACACGUCGAAGGCACGAAAAAAGACACUCCCGCAACAAUGUUCUCCACGUACGCCAGGGCACUACGGGCUACUAACAAAUUCAGCAGCUCAUUAGCACGUUACGAGUCCACUUUGGUCAUCGCGGAGCACAACAAUGAAACUCUAUUGCCAAUCACUUGUAACACAUUAACAGCUGCGACGAAAGUCGGUGGCGACGUAACGCUGCUGGUCGCUGGGACGAAAUGCGAGGCGGUCGCGCAAAAUGCUUGCAAGGCCAAGGGCGUCUCUAAGGUCCUUCUCGCGGACAGCGACGCGUUCAAGGGAUUUACCGCGGAAUCGUUAACGCCUCUCAUACUUAAGCUGUGCGGUGAGCACAAAUUCACACAUGUGUUGGCCGGUGCGAGCGCGUUCGGUAAAGCGUUGCUUCCCAGGGUUGCAGCGAAGUUAGAUGUGUCUCCAGUCAGUGACAUCAUUGGCAUAAAAGCGCCCGAUACGUUUGUACGCGCUAUAUACGCUGGCAACGCCAUUCAGACUAUUAAAUCUAAGGACAACGUUAAAGUGGUAUCCGUCAGAGGCACGUCUUUCGAGCUGCUGCCUUUGGAGGGCGGCAGUGCCAAGUGCGAGAAUGUUCCCACUGGUGAUUAUACGGCGAACCAGGUGGAAUACAUCAAACAGGAGCUCAGCAAAUCGGACAGGCCAGAAUUGACGUCUGCCAAGGUCGUAAUCUCCGGUGGACGUGGAAUGAAAUCCGGAGAGAACUUUAAGUUGCUGUACACGUUGGCGGACAAGCUCAACGCAGCGGUAGGUGCGUCCCGCGCUGCAGUUGACGCGGGAUUCGUACCGAACGAUCUGCAAGUCGGACAAACCGGAAAAAUUGUUGCUCCCAAUUUGUACAUAGCGGUUGGAAUUUCGGGAGCAAUUCAACAUCUUGCUGGUAUGAAGGACUCCAAGACGAUUGUCGCGAUCAACAAGGAUCCAGAAGCGCCCAUCUUUCAAGUAGCAGAUUAUGGAUUAGUCGCAGAUUUGUUUAAAGCUGUGCCCGAGCUUACGGAGAAAUUGUAAAUUCUAUAUUGUUUAUAUUUUUUCAUGAUUAAAAGUACAAGAUCAUUAUAUAUGCGAGAUUUUACGAUAUAAUAAUUAUAGGCAAUUAAAGUUUUUAUAAUAGUUUUAUCAAA